GUGUGUCAUCAGUCAUCAGUGAGCUGGGGAGAGUUAUUUAUGUGCUUUGGCUGUCACCGCACACUAAUCUUCUUCACACGAAAAGAUAUCAUUCCCCAAUUCCGCAUUGCCCAAUUUCUUUCCACAUUUCUCUCUUACUUCCUUUGAUCCUUCUUCUUUGUGCUUCUCAAUCCAUUUCCCCUUCCUAUUUUCAUCAGUUUUCUCAUGUAACUGUGAACCAUUUUCAUCAGUUUUCUCUGCUCUCUGCCUUUUUCACGCCUUGUGCCUCUUUUUCUUCUCUGAAUAAUGUAAUCUGGGGAUUAACCCUUCUUGUAUUAAUCUUUCUCUGUUAGGUUAAUGUUCAUUUCCUUGAAAGUUCUGUUCUGAAGCUGUGUGUUUAUGUUUUCAAUUAUGGGUUCUCGCUAAUCUUGCUGUUCUUGGUCGGUGGGACUGUUUUCUCAAUGCCCAUUUGCUUUCAGCUGUUCUAAGACGUUCAAAAUGCAGUUUGGGAAUAUGGGUUUUCGUUAAUUUUUGAAGUCUUGCUUUCAAAGCAGCUAGUGUUCUUCUGGAUUUAUACCGAGCUUAGGCAUCUUUAGAAUGUAAAUCCCUCCCACAUUACCAAGAUCCAGUGUUCUUAGUCACUUAGCUCACUUUUUUGACUCUAUUGGGUGGAACUAGUUGACCGAUACUUAGCUGAUUAGUAAUAGCGUUGUCAGGAUUUUAAAUCUGAAACGAUGAAAGCUCGUUAGCCCAGAUUACUUUAGUUACAAUGAAGAAUUCCACCCUUGUUUUUGUGUUUGAUAUGGAGUCCAGAGCUAUUAGCCUCACUCCUAAUUAAUUCAUUUGUUCAUUUGUUCAUUUGUUGCUAGCAUUGAUCUUCCCACCAUUCUUUACGAACACUCUUAAAGAUGUAAAGUUCUGUUAAGUUCAUUCAACUUCAUAGCUUUACUGAAGCAUAACUAUAUGUAUUACAUUCAGUUUUCCCAUCUCUUGUUCAAUAUCAAUGAGAAUCUAGAGUUGUUUGUUUCUCCGUUCAUACGACGUCUCGAAUUAUUAGUUAUGAAGUUUUAAACAUCAUGUUGGCCUCUCGACUCCUCUUAACUUGAUUAUGGUUUAGCUUACAUGUUUCCACUUUGGUUUGUCUCUUCAAUGUUACUUCCACUUUCAUAGUCUUGAUAUUUCGAACGAAAAGGGGCAAAAAAAAUCCGUUCAAAAACCUUCUUGUUUACAAACUUAACAUGGAAGAAACAUUUUUUCCAUUUCGUGGGAUUAAGAAUGAUAUGAGAGGAAGACUUCUGUGCUAUAGACAGGAUUGGACUGGCGGGUUUCGCACCGGUAUCAGGAUCUUGGCCCCAACGACGUACAUAUUCUUCGCUUCAGCAAUUCCGGUUAUAUCGUUCGGGGAGCAGCUAGAAAGGAAUACAUAUGGGACUCUAACUGCGGUACAAACUCUAGCAUCAACAGCACUUUGUGGCAUUAUCCACUCCGUGUUCGGGGGACAGCCUCUGCUCAUCCUUGGCGUUGCUGAACCAACUGUUUUGAUGUAUACGUUCAUGUUCGACUUUGCAAAGGACCGAAAGGAACUGGGGCAGGAACUAUUCUUAGCCUGGACAGGAUGGGUGUGUGUGUGGACAGCCAUUUUGCUUUUCUUGCUUGCUGUGUUGGGUGCAUGCUCCUUGAUCAAUAGGUUCACACGUCUUGCUGGAGAAUUGUUCGGUCUGCUAAUUGCUAUGCUCUUUAUGCAGCAGGCGAUACGUGGUGUUGUGGAGGAAUUCAGCAUACCCCAAAGGGAAAAUCCGAAUCGUGUGGCACUCCAACCUCCCUGGCUCUUUGGCAAUGGAAUGUUUGCAUUAGUGCUAUCGUUCGGGCUUCUACUAACCGCCCUUAAAAGCCGCAAGGCUAGAUCAUGGCGCUAUGGGACUGGUUGCCUACGAGGCUUUAUCGCCGAUUACGGAGUUCCACUUAUGGUGCUCGUAUGGACAGCGUUAUCUUACAUUCCAGUCAAUAACGUCCCACAUGGGAUCCCAAGAAGGCUUUUCAGUCCCAAUCCAUGGUCUCAGGGAGCCUACUCAAACUGGACAGUCAUAAAGGAAAUGUUGAGAGUGCCUCCAUUGUAUAUAGUUGGAGCAUUCGUACCAGCAACCAUGAUAGCAGUUCUUUACUACUUUGAUCACAGUGUUGCAUCUCAACUUGCCCAACAGAAAGAGUUUAAUUUGAAAAAACCAGCUUCAUAUCAUUAUGAUCUUCUUCUCCUAGGCUUCCUUGUUAUCCUCUGUGGACUUAUAGGCAUACCACCUUCUAAUGGUGUAAUUCCUCAGUCUCCUAUGCACACGAAAAGCUUAGCUACCCUUAAACAUCAGCUUUUGCGGAGCAAGCUGGUAGCAGCAGCGCGACAAAGUUUCCGUAAAAAUUCGAACUUAAGUCAGUUCUACCAGAACAUGCAAGAGGCAUAUAAUGAGAUGCAGACUCCUUUAAUUUAUCAAAAUCCACCAGCAGUGGGGCUGAAGGAGUUGAAAGAUUCCACCAUCCAACUAGCUUCAAGAACUGGAUACAUUGAUGCACCUGUGGAUGAAACUGUUUUCGACGUGGACAAAGAUGUCGACGAUCUUCUUCCCGUAGAAGUUAAAGAACAACGUCUCAGCAAUUUGCUUCAGGCAGUAAUGGUUGGUGGUUGUGUUGCUGCCAUGCCUCUUUUGAAGAAGAUCCCGACUUCGGUUCUUUGGGGCUACUUCGCUUUCAUGGCGAUCGAGAGCUUGCCCGGAAAUCAAUUCUGGGAAAGGAUUUUACUGCUUUUCACUGCUCCGAAUCGUAGAUACAAGGUGUUGGAGGAAUAUCAUGCAACUUUUCUAGAAACUGUCCCCUUCAAAACAAUUGCUACUUUCACCCUGUUUCAGACAGUGUAUCUGCUGAUGUGUUUUGGUUUAACAUGGAUACCAAUUGCUGGUGUUCUUUUUCCGCUGCUGAUCAUGCUGCUUGUCCCUGUGCGCCAGUAUUUGCUCCCCAGGUUCUUCAAAGGUGCUCAUCUUCAGGACUUGGAUGCUGCUGAAUACGAGGAAGCCCCUGCAAUCGCGUUUAAUCCAUCCUUCGAAGAUCGAAUGGGAAGAACUUCCAACAUUGACGAUGGUGAAAUACUCGAUGAGAUGAUCACGAGAAGCCGUGGCGAGAUUCGGCGUACACAGAGUUCGAAAAUGACGAGCUCAUCUCCAAAUACGGUAGAGGGCAUCAAACCUACGUACAGCCCACAGAUAUCAUCACAGAAACUGUACAGUCCACGGAUCAAUGAACUGAGAAGGGAGAGGAGUUCUCUAUCUCCUGGAAAAGGACCUGGCUUUAAGCUGAAUUCUAGUCCUAGUCCUAGUCCAAGUCCAAGUCCAAGUCCGAGUGCAGAGCCAGGGCCAGGACCAUCCUUUAGAAAUUAGCCUAUUUGUAAGUGGUUACUUCUGCAUGGUUUUGAUAUUGUUAAUUGUGUUCGAGAGGCCUUUUAACGCUGUUUUGCUGCAGCUAAGUGUCAGUUUGUAUGGGAAUUAUGUCUUUUUUUUUUCUUUAAUAAAACGAAUGAAAAACAUACAUAUACUGUUUAUGUAGAUUUGUCAUACAGAAUUAUCUGAAUGUUAAAAAGGUGAUAUUAUGCUAUUUUCUUCCAUUAUUA